UAGUAGCAACUGGUGUAAUAAGCAACAUAUGCCAUUUCUUAAAGAAUUUGUUAAACUGAGCCGAAGAUUCAAAAGCACUCCUUAUUGACCCAUAAAGGCCCAACUUAAAGUUUUUCUUGGUGGAGGCUGAAAACUUGGUCCUUUUAACCCUAGUAGUUUAUUGAGUUCCCAUUUCGACAAACCCUACGGCGACGCCCUUCUUUUGCUUCAAUAGAGAGAUGGGUGGUAGUGAUAGCGAAGUAGAGAAAACGGCACAGAAAGAGAAGGAGAGAAAGAAGUUAUUGGCUAUAGCCCCUAUUGCUAAACCUCUCGCUGGAAAGAAACUCAGCAAACGAACCUUCAAGCUCGUCAGGCGAGCAACGGAACAUAAAUGCUUGAAGAGAGGAGUUAAAGAGGUAGUGAAAAGUAUUCGACGCGGUCAUAAAGGAUUGUGUGUUAUAGCUGGAAACAUUUCUCCUAUAGAUGUCAUUACCCACGUUCCACUCCUAUGUGAGGAAGCUGAUAUACCAUACAUUUAUGUUCCCUCAAAAGAAGAUCUAGCAAGUGCUGGAGCCACCAAGAGGCCAACUUGCUGCGUUUUGGUAUUGACAAAGCCUACUAAGGGGGAACUUGGGCAGGAAGAUCAAGAGAAACUGAAAGAAGAUUAUGAUCAAGUUGUAUCAGAAAUUCGCGAAACAACUUCCUCCUUGUUUUGAUGAACAGAAUUAUGAUAUUGAGGGUUUCACUUUUAUUGCCCUGCACCUAAUUCUGUUAGAUAGCUGCACCAUGUCCGCUCUGCUUCAUUCUGGAAGACGAUGUUUAAACAUCUGCUAUUUAUCUACAUUACCAUCCAAUCACGAUGUUUAAGUUA